UGUCCGCUUACCUUUGCAACUUGGAGGGGCAUCUGGUGCUCAGCUCCUCCCUGUAAUCGGAAACCCCAUGGUGCACCUCCGGAGAGGGUCACUACUACUUCCUCUGCCACCAUUUUUCCUAAUUUUCCUUUGGGUCUCUUACAAUGUUUCUUUUAAUGUCUCUAAUUGUCUUCAGUAGACUUGUCCCAUCCCUGGAUCUUCAGUCCUCCUCGGUGGCCUGUGACUGCCUGCAGUGCUUCUGCCCGUCCUGAGAGGUGACUGUAGAUAACACACCCCACGGGUCAUGAGCCUGUGAAGUGUGGAAAGAGCAUAAAGGGGGUGGGAGGAAGUGCGAACAGGCGCUAUCUUUCUCGCUCUCUCUUUAUUGGAAUGCUUGUUCGGCGAGUGGGGGAGCAUGGUCUAGAUCCAGGACCUCAUUCCUUCAUCCCGAUAGCCACAGUUGUCCUGUCAAUCCACAACCACAUCCAAGGAUGCUGAUAGACACUCUAAAAAUAUCCCAGCAGUCCCACCGAGCUUUAUCUCCACGUGCACGUUAUCCUGUCCUACACCCUAAAUAGAUGGCCAGGCCAUCACAGGAACUCAAGUAAAACCUUCAUAGGAUAACAACAACCACUAGAGGGAGUACAGCUGCCACAUUAUCUGGCCCCUCGGAAAACAAACUCACUUUUGGCAGAUCUGCCUCUAUAUUUGGACUUAACUGUGAUGUUGCAAGGAAGCAGGAGGGAGGAGAGUACAGACCGGCCGAGAGCUGUAGCACAGACGCCUUUAUCUACUAAACAACCAUACAAGAUGAUGGAGAAAACUUCACUCAAACUCACCUACAGUUUAUGGAUUUAUUGUCUUCUCCUAACAGAUGUUGUACAAGGCUCUAACAUCUGUACUUCGAGAGGAGCCAGCACAUGUCAGCAGUGCCUGGCUGUGCAUCCUACCUGUGCCUGGUGCUUUGAAGAGGGUUUUGGACACAAUGUCUCUGGUUCAUCCCGGUGUGACCUAAAGAGGAAUCUUAUUGACGCAGGAUGCGGUAAAAGAGCACUGGAGAAUCCCACCAGCAAAACGUCUGUGAUAGAGGACAAACCUUUAAGUGACAAGGCCUCGGGAUCCACCACCGACGUCACACAGAUCAAACCACAGCGCAUGCACAUCACCCUUAGACCUGAUGAUUCCCAAGUGUUUAAACUAAAAGUCCGGCAAGUUGAAGACUACCCUGUGGAUCUGUAUUAUCUAAUGGACCUGUCAUACUCCAUGAACGAUGACUUGUCUCAAUUACGGAGGCUGGGACGGGGCUUGGCUGAGGAGAUGAGUAAAACCACCAGUAAUCUGCGGAUGGGCUUCGGAGCUUUCGUGGAUAAACCGGUGUCUCCGUACAUGUACAUCUCCCCUCGGGAGGCUGUGUUAAAUCCCUGCUACUCAAUCCCAUAUAAAUGCCAGCCUCAGUUUGGCUACAGACACGUUCUGUCUCUGACAGAGGAGGUGAACCGUUUUACAGAGGAGGUGAAGAAGCAGAAGGUGUCUCGAAACAGAGAUGCUCCGGAGGGAGGCUUUGACGCCAUCAUACAGGCAGCUGUGUGCAAGGAAAAAAUUGGUUGGAGGCCAGAUGCGUCUCAUUUGCUGGUUUUCACCACAGAUGCCAAGACACACGUUGCACUGGACGGGCGCCUGGCAGGCAUCGUGCGACCCAAUGAUGGUCAAUGCUAUGUGGGCACAGACAACGUCUACAACAUGUCAACAACUAUGGACUAUCCAUCCCUGGCAUUAAUCACAGAGAAAAUGUCUGAGAACAACAUAAAUCUGAUUUUUGCCGUGACCAGCCAUGUAGAAUCACUAUAUAAGAACUACAGUGAACUGAUUCCUGGUACUGCAGUGGGGACUCUUUCUGAAGACUCACAUAACGUGAUCCAGUUAAUCCAGGACGCAUAUGCUAAACUGCGCUCUAAGGUUGAGCUGGAACUCCUGAAUGUCCCUGAAGAGCUUAGUCUGACAUUUAACGCAACGUGUCUCAAUGGAGAGGUCAUCCCAGGCAUGAGAUCUUGCUCUGGCCUCAAAAGAGGAGAUACAGUGUCAUUUACAGUAGAGGCUCGAGCCAGGGGCUGUCCUAAGGAGAAACGCAAGACUUUCACCAUCAAACCUGUUGGCUUUAAAGACACCCUGCAGAUCACAGUCAACUUCGAGUGCGAGUGUAAAUGCCAAGCGAAGGCUGUGCCCGACAGUCCCGUCUGUCACCAUGGCAAUGGCACCUACGAGUGUGGAAUAUGCCUGUGUAACCCAGGACGGCUGGGUCCCAGGUGUGAGUGUGCAGAGGGAGACUACAGUCCCACAGAGCAGGACACCUGCACCGGACCGGACAAAGUGAUCUGCAGCGGCCGGGGUGACUGCGUGUGUGGCCAGUGCGUGUGCCACAAUAAUGAUUUCGGCAAGGUGUGGGGAAAGAGAUGCGAAUGUGAUGAUUUCAGCUGCCUGCGGUACAAAGGAGAGCUCUGCUCAGGUCAUGGAACAUGUUCGUGUGGGUUUUGCCAGUGUGAUCCAGACUGGAAGGGGGAAAACUGUAACUGCUCUACUCGUACAGACACCUGUAUGUCUAGCUUGGGUCUGCUGUGCAGUGGGCGUGGCCAGUGUGUGUGUGGAAGCUGUGAGUGCACUCAACCUGGUGCCUACGGCUCUACAUGCGACAAAUGCCCAACUUGCCCUGAUGCCUGCACCUUGAAGAAGGAUUGUGUAGAGUGUAAACACUUUAAGAGGGGCAAGCUAUUCGAUGAUGAGACGUGCAGUCGAAUCUGCAGAGAUGAAAUCAGUCUGGUGGAUGAUCUGGUGUUCCAUGAUAAGAAUGCAGUCAAUUGCACUUACAAAGAUGAAGACGAUUGUGUGCAAAGGUUUCAGUAUUAUGAAGACAACAGUGGCAAAUCCAUCUUGUCUCUGGUUAAAGAACCAGAUUGUCCUAAAGGCCCUGAUAUUUUGGUGGUGCUGCUGUCAGUAGCAGGUGCCAUCUUAUUCUUGGGUCUGGCUGCACUGCUGAUCUGGAAACUUCUCAUCACUAUCCAUGAUCGGCGUGAAUUUGCAAAGUUCGAGGAGGAAAGGGCGCGUGCCAAAUGGGAAACGGGCCACAACCCUCUCUACAAAGGGGCAACAUCAACAUUCACCAACAUCACGUAUCGAGGCAAGGACUGACCACAGUGACCGGUGGAUGAACUUCUGACAGAUUUGACAGAUAAUGUCAAUCUUUACCAAGUUCCCUCCCAGCAUUCCUUAAACAUUUCAAGAUCAUGCAAAAGCGUUGUACAUUUUAUCAAUGUAAAUAUGUACAGUCCGAAAUGACUAGGUUUUUCAGACUUAUACUAUCUCUUUGUGAAAGUCUUCUUUUUGUCACCGGAUAAAGGAUUAUCUCUAUAUCACUGCAGGAGCACACGCCAAACCAUUUCCUCCCACUUCUACUCUUGAGCUCUGUGCUGUGGCAGAUAUAAAUGCGAACAGCCCGAGCAAUCGUUGCAACUACUGAUGGCUUGUGAUAACACUGUAUAACUCUUCAUUAGAAUGACAUCAUGUUCAUGUUAUAAACUGUUCUGUUAGAGCAUUUAAUCUUCUGAAACUACAACAUCCUAAAGGUUUAGCUUGAUCAUGUACAAAAUAUUGGUUGUGUAUGUUUAUUGGCUCCAAAAGCUAAGAUCCAACCCACAGGUCCUGUAAACACUUAUAUAUAUAAUGUACAUAAACAAUAAAUUGAUAAAAAGUAAUUAUUUGGCUAAUAGAAUAACAAAAAUCCAAUCUCAAGUGCAGUAAGGUAACAGUGCCCCCUUAUGGACAUUAUAUGAACUCCUGGAUUGUAUAGUUUUGCACUGUUAGACCAUAGUACUUGUUGAAUUAACAAGCACUAUUAAGUGUAACAUCAUUAACUUAAGUAUUAUAAUACAGUACUUAUUUCAUUGUUUGUGAAUGAUGUUAAUAUGAGAUUAAUAAAGGUCUUUCAUAAUAUUGUGUUAUAUUUUAGAGUAAUAACUAAA